AUGGCAAGGAUGGCUGCCUAUCUGGGCAGGUGGGGCCUUGUAGCCCUGCUCGCAACUUCCAGUGCAAUCCUCCAUGCCUCAGCUGACAAAGCUGAGGGAAGCGAGAGUUCUACUCCUAUCACGUGUGACAACGGACAAAAAAGCGGCACAGCAGGACCGGGAAGCCCUCUCUAUUUCAAGUGUGGCACUGGCAUGACCUUGAAACCGACAGAAGUAGGAAAAGUUUGCGAGCAGGCGGCAUGCACCUCCGAAGUACCGCUGACUAACCUCCUCCCGGGAGCACAUUUGGCAGAUCCAUCUAAAAAGACACUCGACCGUGAGCAAGAACAACAACAGAAAGAUGUCUACGUGCUUACGGUCCCGAAUGCUCCGCAAUCAAAACAAACAGUUUAUUACAAGUGUGAGGGAACAAGCGCUGCAGGCGUUCAGCCGCCGCCGACCAGCCUACAGGCACGCGACAAAAAAGAGUGCAAAAUUACUGUAACUGUCGAGGCUGCUCCGAAAGUCUCAACUACGGCUCCCCAAGCUACCUCAGACGCCACCAUCUCCACAACCACAACGGAGGCUCCCGUAGCAUCAUCAGGCAUGGGCGCGCCGAAUUACAUGGCGGUGACUGCGAUAUUCGGUGCUGUGGCUGCUCACGACCUUCUCUUGUAG